AUUAAUGAUGUGGGACCAGUCAUUUAGUGGGUUUACCUCCUCAACAUGUCACCUUUUUGUUUUUGUUUUUUAUAGCAUGGGUGCUAUAGAGUACACUAGAAGGGCUCGUUCAAUUUGUGCCAAUUACUUUUGCGGUACCAAAUAAAUACAAACAAUUUGUGCCAAAUCAACGAAGUAAGAAUUAUCGAGGAAGAAAAAGUUAAAAAAGUGAUCACCCUAUCAUUUCAAGAUAUUAGAGUUUCUCGAUUCCCAAUUGACAUGGUCAAACUUUUCUUGUCUUUGGUUGCCUAAUCCACUUUCAAAGAUCAAACUCAAGAAUUAUCGCUAGAUUUUGAGUGAAUUACACUAUUUUGACCGAUCUUUACUUAGUGACAAGAAAAAGCUAACCCGGGGAUAAUUGGAUGAUAAUUGAGAAUUAGUACUUGUUAAUUAUACCUCUUUUCAGUGGCGGAUGCGGGUGGCCACAGUCCAACCCUCCUCUAGAUCCGGAGUUAGUAUGACCCUUAUGAAUUUAUCGAUUUUAGUCAUUCGGCUCAUUGUUAUUUUAUGAUAAGAUUGUUUGGACCGAACAACCCGCAACCCGAUCUGUUCGUAAUCAGAGUAUCCCGCAAUCCGAUCAAUCCGAACCCGAUCAACCCACAAUCUGAUCAACCUGCAACCCAAUUGUUCCAUAACCCGACCAACCCGAACCCGUUUGACCCAAAACCCGAUUGACCUGCAACUUGAUCAACCCGCAACCCAAUCAACUCAAACCCGCUUGACCCGCAACCCGUUUGAACCGGACCCGAACCCGCCCGAUUCACACCUAUAGUUUCAAGUAACUUACUUUGGAGGCUUGGUUCUCACAAUUGGCUCACUGAAAAUUGGGGAUUAAGAGCUUGUUUUAAAGAUAAAGUUUCCCUCUGUAAGAUAUCUUGGUUUGUGGAUCCAUAAGAUGUCAUUAAGGUUGUUUUCCAAAGUCUCAAAGUUGUUACCUCAAAACAGUAAAACUACCAGAAAACGGUUAAGUCUGGAAACAUGUUUUUUAAGCCUACUUUGGAGCUCAAUUCGAGGAGCAUGGAUCUUAUUCGAGUCCAAAGGCUUCCACAACAUGAAAAUAGGUAUGUUUGUCUACCAAGGGAAUGAAUUGGAUGAAAGAUUGGAGAUCUGAAAGGCAUAUAACGAAAGACAAGAAGUUAGUACGAAAGCUGUUUUGCGAUGUUUGCUGGCAGCUUACUUGUGCGUGAAGAAAGAGAGUUUGAGUCCGAAUUUUGUAAGCUUUUUAGAGUAUACUUUUAUCUUAUUUGUUUCCUUUUUCAUUUAGGUUUGUAUUAGGUUUUCUUGGCUAUAAAUAGCCUUCUAUUUUCGUUAUAAAAGGCAGAGAAUUUGAUGAAUUAAAACCCUAGUGUUUACUAGUUGCAAGUUUGCGUAUUUGUGUGAGUUUUGGUGGAUACCAAACUCGUGAGCUCUUGUAUCGAUUGAAUAUUCACUUCAAUCGUGGUUGGGCAUCUAUCCUUAUAUCAAUCGAGCCUUUCCCCGGGGGUGGAAUUGCACGUUUGAUUAUGUUUUAUCCAAGUUCGUAUUAAGAACGCUUCUUUCUUGAUUCGAGUUCAAUUGAUCCGUCGAUUGAAUCGUUAGCUGCACAUUCUGAACAAAAACACCCCCUGGGUGUUUAUUAGUGGUACCAGAGGCUGGUUCAACCCAUGGAAGAAGCAGAGCAAGCAAUCCAAUUGCUUGAUUGUCGAAGGAAACCAUGGAAAAACAAGGCCUUUUCUAUUGCCGCUGUAAAGUCCAGGAGAAAAUGUUGGUGACGGUGAUUGACGAGGGCAACAAACACAACCUCAGGAGUGCUUAUGCCAUGUUCAAGCUAGGGCUGAGCACAUGGAGACAUCCUUCUCCUUAUCCGCAAGAAGAACUCCCUUACAAGUUUCCAUUGGUUCGCUUACAGAUUCGAUUUGUUGUGAUGUUUUGCCUCUGCAAAGCGUCCAUAUGGUGCUUGGGCAACCUUGAAAAGACGAACGCCAGGUUGCAGUAACAAGAGUAGGCCCUAAAGCUUGAAUCUACACUCAAGAGCGUAGCUAUGCUUUGAAGGUUCUGCUUCCGGAAGACUCAGCUCGGGAUCGAUCUUCUAUUCGACAAACACAGGCAGAGGAGGCUUCUAAGUCUUCCAGGAGCUGAACCCAAAUUAAACCAAAUCAAUGCUCAUCCUAAUUCGACUUGAUCAAAAGCAAGUUGAACCCGGUGUUCACGAAAUUUGAGUUAGGAAUGAGUUUUGCCUGCUUUUGUAAUUGAUGGGUUGGGCCAAGUGUAAAUUUUGUUAUAUACUUGAUUCGCUUUCCACCCGUCACACGCCUAACAAACAAAAAAAUCGACCCCGACAAAGUGUGUUGAAUCCUAUGUUGAUGAGUUUAAGUAUAUUUUUAUGACAACUGCACCCAAAUUGAACCCAAAUCAAUGCUCAUCCUAAUUUGACUUCGUCAAAACAAAGUUGAACCCGAUAUUCACGAAAUUUGGGUAGAGAGCGAGUUUUGCCUACCAAUUUAGGGUCACAUCAGAGGAAUGACCAUAUCAAAAUCAAUGGGUAUUUGACCUAAUUCAAUCUGGUAUUCACGAAUUUGUGUCCGAAAAUGAAUUUUACACGCAAAU